AUGGAGUUCGUCCCACAAGUGAGAGAGUGAAAGCAGUGAUAGAAGCCCCCUUCCCCUCCUCAGCUUCUGAGGGCGUAGUUUUCUUGGCACGGUUGUGUUCAGUUCUAGAUUUAUUACGUCACAAUCACGUCACUAUCUCAGAGCUCCUGAGAGCAGUCAUGAUACUAGCAACACUGUAUAUGUGAGAUGAGAAGUAGCAAUAAGCGUUCAAGAGUCUUAAGAAAGUCUUAAUUAAUGCUUCGGAAUUGACAUACUUUAAUAAAGAUUCCCAUACUAGUGUUGUUACUGAUGCAAGUCCAAUUGGUCUAGGGGCUGUCAUCAUUCAGGAAAAGGACGGUGUUUCUACGGUGGUACGGUUUGCGCAAGUUGCAGCCUUAGUAAAGUUGAAUGACGCUACAGCCAAACAGAAAAAGGAGCCCUAUUGAUUGUUUUAUUCCACGUGGUCCAAUUAGCCAUUUGCUCGCAUAGAGAGAUGGGGCUUAUGGCUCCAACCUUAUAAUUACCGAGUGCGAUACGUCAGGCGAAAGAGAAUAUAGCAAACGCUCUCUCACAGUUGACCAAGAAAGUGUCCUCGAACCGCUGUACCAGCAGCAUUCAAGAAAUUGAGAAAGCAUUGGCUGAAGACAGCGCUAGCGAAAUUGAAGCAAUAAGGGGAUGUUUGGUGAGUGGAAACUUAGAUAACGCCCCAAAGCAGUACCUUCCUGUCAGAAAUGAGCUCACUCAUGAUAUUGGACUGUCAUCUUACGAGGAGCUAGAAUUGUUGUACCAACAGCGCUUAGAAAGAGAGUUGCUGUAAUUGCACAUGAAGGCAGGGACGUCGCUACUGGUUUGUGUGUGGGUCGCGGGGUGUAACACUUUCCCAUUCCCCAAUAAUUUUGAAUGGGGGAAGGUAGUUAAACGGGAAAAAUUUUGAUCAAAAUAAACGAACUACGUCGAACGGUGAAGUCGAAAGGCAAAAGACGCAAAACCGCUCCCUUUUGAAAGCGACGAGACCAGCACACUUUCAGAAGAAGAAUUGGGGAGACGAUAAAUAAGUGUUUAAUUUAAAGGCAUAUCGGUCAACAACGCAUGCAACUACUGGGAAGAGCCCUGCAGAAUUGCUAUACGGCAGAAAUUUUGGUACGAAACUUUUGGAUAUUGCAAUUCAUACCAACAGGUGAGAGAUCGUGAUGUCGAAGAGAAACAAGUCGUUGCAGGCUACGUAAACAAAAAGCGCCAGGCUACAGACAGGGAACUAGGGACUGGGGACUGGUCAUGUUGGAAAAGAAGAAGAAAAAAUGAUCUCCAGUUUAUGAGAAAACGCCGUACAAGGUAACCGCGUGCUAAGGUGAUCAAGUUCACAUUGAGUCAUCCCAGGAAGUGACAUAAAUUAAAAGCGAAACAUUCAACACCUGAAGCGAUUCAAUCAGUCUAGCGAAGAUAUAUGAGUUAUGGUAUGAACAUUCCAACUGACGGCGAACACUGAUUAGAACGAUUUCCUUCGCCAACCGUGCCUGACAAGGAAACAGAAGAUAUUACACCAACAGUUAAUCAGAAUUUACGCAACGACGCGGGAGCAAUAAGAUCUGGCAGGGUAACAAAGAUCUCAGAGAGAUUUAAAGAUUUUGUCUUAGACUACUAAAAUUUUUCUAGUUUAAUUUAAGCAUAAGGAGUAACAUUUGAGCAUGAGGAGUAACAUUGAAGAAAAGGAGGGGGGCGUUGUAGUGUUUUCGCUACUUGGGUUACAUGUGUACCAUUGAUAUUAUACAGUAUAUUAAUUGAACAACGUGUUUUUGUGCUGUCAACAUAUUGGGUUGUUUUCCGUAUAUCCCUUCUUUUUAUUGCUCGCGUAGCCUUAAUAGCUUUAUAUAAAUAUGAGAACGACAAUUUAUUAUAUAAACAUAAGUGUUAUAUAGAGUUUUUGGCCACUGAGAAAAAUCGUAUUUAAACACACGUAAAAAAUACGAUAUUUUUAAAACGCAUUGCCACGGACGUUUUAUUGUUUUUCACUGAAUUUUGUUUAUAUAAUAAACAGAAAAAUACAUGGAUGCUUGGAAAUACCAGAUUUAUUUCUCGUGUUAAACAUGAUAUCUCACUCGUUCGCUGCGCUCACUCGUGAGAUAUCAUGUUCAACACUCGAAAUAAAUCUGGUAUUUCCGCGCAGCCAUGUCAGUUAUUCUCUAUUUAAUUAAUGGUUUGAGCAAUGUGCUCUUUUCAAAUAAAGGCUUUCACCUGCGCAAAUGUAUAUGGUUUCCAUGGAAAUGCCAGAUUUGUGCAGGUAAAAGCCUCUAUUUGAGGCUCAAAAAUACCGGAAUUAAUUAAAAACUUUUUAGGCCUUCGUUACAAAUCCCUUCCAUAUUCACCGAAAUAUUAUUGUUGGACGGGCCUUUCACAUACAUUCAGCCGGACUUUAUUUAACGAAUAAUAAAUUUAACCUAAAAUUUUCGUUCAGUGCAAGGCAGUCAUCGCUAUAGGCAAACAAACGUUUCUCAAGUUUUUAAUAAUUCAAAUGUUUGCAUAGCAUGCAUCAUGAGCAGUUGCUAUGUUUGGCUCUGCGAGUAGUCUUCUUCCAUUCCAAACCAUUUACAUCGUGUAGUUCCCUCCUUGGCAAAGUACUAAUUGCUCAUGAUGGUAAAUUGUCCUAUUUUUUGGCUUGCCUUUUGUGUUUUUGUUUGCAACACAUUUAGUUGUGUUGAAACCAAGGUUCAAAAUGUUGGUACAUGCAAAACUCAUGCAGAUUGUAAAGUUAACUGGGUUUACAAGUAUUGCUGUGGUGGCGAUACACAUAGCAUUGACCGUACGACGCGAAAGUGCAGCCUUUCUUAUUGUUUAGAUAAGUAUUGUAAAACUGAAAGCCACUGUGGCGAUCCGACGUUAUGUUGCCACUCGAAUAUAUGUGUUGAUCGUGGUUGUUCUGGCUGUGCUUCGGACUCGGACUGUAGCUCUGGUCAUGUAUGUUGUAAAAAGAGUUUUCCUCUCAAUCAAGGUUUCUGUGCUAAGGAUUGCGUUGGCCAACAGUGUAACGUCAACGAUGACUGUGCUGUGGGAGUCGAAUGCUGUCGUGAUGGAAAGGCAUUAACACACAGUCACAGGAGUGUUUCAAGGUUCAAAAUGUUGGCACAUGCGAGACUCACGCAGAUUGUAAAGUUAACUGGGUUUACAAGUAUUGCUGUGGUGGUGAUACACAUAGCAUUAACCGUACGACGCGAAGGUGCGGGUUUUCUUAUUGUUUAGAUAAGUAUUGUGAAACUGAAAGUCACUGUGAUGAUCCGUCGUUAUGUUGCCACUCAAAUAUAUGUGUUGAACGUGGUUGUUUUGGCUGUGCUUCGGACUCGGACUGUAGCUCUGGUCAUGUAUGUUGUAAGAAGAGUUUUCCCUUCAAUCAAGCUUUCUGUGCUAAGGAUUGCGUUGGCCAACAGUGUAACGACAACGAUGACUGUGCUGUGGGAACGGAAUGCUGUCGUGAUGGAAAGUGUAUUAACACACAGUCACAGGAGUGUUUCAAGGUUCAAAAUUCUAGUACAUGCAAGACUCAUGCAGAUUGUAAAGUUAACUGGGUUUACAAGUAUUGUUGUGGUGGUGAUACACAUAACAUUGACCGUACGACGCGAAGGUGCGGUUUUUCUUAUUGUUUAGAUAAGUAUUGUGAAACUGAAAGUCACUGUGGUGACCCGUCGUUAUGUUGCCACUCAAAUAUAUGCAUUGAUCGUGGUUGUUCUGGCUGUGCUUCGGACUCGGAGUGUAGCUCUGGUCAUGUAUGUUGUAAGAAGAGUUUUCGUUUCAAUCAAGGUUUCUGUGCUAAGGAUUGUGUUGGGCAACAGUGUAAUAACAACGAUGACUGUGCUGUGAGAGUGGAAUGCUGUCGUGAUGGAAAGUGUAUUAGCGCACAGUCACAGGAGUGUUUCAAACAGUGUAAAUCGAACUCUGAAUGUGAGUCGGGGAAGUAUUGUUGCAAGAAGAAAAGUGUAUGGUUUUGGCAAGAUCGUUGUACUGAAACUUGCCUUGGUGAGGUUUGUAUUUUCGAUGAUGACUGUGGUCCUCCUAAUGAAUGCUGUAUUGCUGGAAAAUGUAAUCAUGGUUGUUCAAGGUGUGCUAGUGACUCGGAUUGUACUGCAGGCCUUUACUGUUGCAAGAAAAGAUUCCCAAACGAGGCCAGAAGGUGCCUGGCGCACUGUACUGGUAAAUCAUGUGGAACCAUUUCUGACUGUGGUGAUCAAGAUGAGAUUUGUAACUCGAACAAUAUAUGCGCAAUGCAAGAAACCAAACAAAACUACACAGAUUCUUCUCCACCAUGGCACAUUGCUGUUAUAGUCAUCGCUGCAUUACUUAUUGUUGUUGGCAUACCUAUGGCCAUAUUUUGGUGUUAUAAAUGA